AUGAAACUAAUCGGUUCUCUUAUUUACCUUCAGGAACCUCCCUACCCGGCACGGUGUUUCCCAGACCCCUGCCUCAACAUCACCUUCACCAACGCUUCAUAUGUCUGUGGCGACUCACGCCUUGGUCCGGUCGAACUCCCCAAGGACUUCCCGCUCUCUACAGAGACGGCUACCUAUGCCCGAUUCGGUAAUCUGUGUCCGUAUGAAUUCCUUGAAAAGUGGACAUAUCACAGCGGUCCCUUCGAAGGCAAAUACCAUUAUCCUGAUUCCAACGGAUCCGUCAUCGACAGCGAGGGGAACCCAAUUGUGGGUGACUACGUCCUCCCCGUCGGACGUAAGGUUGAUCGCUUCGGAUCCGAAGGUGGCAACUUCCUCGGUCCGUUGGGUGCGCCUUACAUCGAGCGGGCUUUGCCCCCCUCGAGUCUGGACACAUACGACAAGAGUUUCCCUUACGAAUACUAUGUUUAUGAGGUGAUCAAGGAAUUUACGGUCUAUCUGUCGCCUAUCACACCGUGGUUUGAACAGCCUGGAAUGGGAACCCAAUUCUAUACUGCGGACAACAUUUCAGUGCUUCUGGAGAACCAGAAUCUCCGACGUCUGGAUAGAUCGGAGUAUGAUCAAAGGGCAGACUUUGCAGACAACUACACUCCCGGGCCAGAUAAUAGCUAA